CAUCUCACACCUGUCCCAUUGAAAGUGCCGCAAAGCAUUUCGCCUGUGUGCGCCGUAACCCGGGACGUGUGUCCUCAACUUGUGCCUAAGUGUCGUAAGAGCCCUGCAGGUCCUGCUGGCUCCCGGGGGGGAAGGAUGCAUAGGUCAGAGAAAACUGAGGCAGAGGAGCUUCGGCGACACUGGCUCCCCGCCUACGGGAGGACCCUGGAGAUUCGGAGUUUGGAGGUUAGAUGGGAAGUUGGGGAUUCCUGUUCUCCCCUCCUCCCUGCCAGGGGCUGCCGUCUGCCUCUUCGGAGUCCUCUCUUCCCGAGAUUCCAACAUGUGGGCUUCCUGCUGCAACUGGUUCUGCUUGGAUGGACAGCCUGAGGAGGCCCCACCACCACAGGGAGCCAGGACGCAAGCCUAUUCCAACCCUGGGUAUAGCUCCUUCCCUUCCCCCACAGGCUCAGAGCCAAGCUGCAAAUCCUGUGGGGUUCACUUCGCAAGCACAACCCGAAAGCAGCAGACUUGCUUGGACUGUAAGAAACAUUUCUGCAUGACUUGCUCAAGCCAAGAGGGGAAUGGACCACGCCUCUGCCUCCUCUGCCUACGGUUCCGAGCCACAGCCUUUCAGCGGGAGGAACUCAUGAAGAUGAAGGUGAAGGACCUGAGGGACUAUCUCAGCCUCCAUGACAUCUCUACCGAAAUGUGCCGGGAGAAGGAAGAGUUGGUGUUUUUGGUGCUUGGCCAGCAGCCUGUAAUCUCUGCGGCGGACAGGACUCAUGCUCCCACCUUGUCCCAGGGCUUCCCUGAGCAGCAGGCCUUCCUCACCCAGCCUCCUAUCGGCACAGUACCUCCUACCUCAGCUGACCUCCCUUCCUCACCUGCACAAGCCACCUCUGUUCCCCUAGCCCAGGCUCAGGAAAACCAGGCCACUGGCCAUGUGUCUCAGGACAAUGAGGAGCCCGUCUUCCUGGAGAGCACAGCCAGAGUACCUACCGAGGAUGAGACCCAGUCCAUUGGCUCCGAGGACAGCUUCGUCCCCGGCCGGAGGGCCUCACUGUCUGACCUGACCCACCUGGAGGACAUUGAAAGCCUGACGGUGCGGCAGCUGAAGGAGAUUCUGGCUCGCAACUUUGUCAACUAUAAGGGCUGCUGUGAGAAGUGGGAACUGAUGGAGAGGGUGACUCGACUGUACAAGGAUCAGAAAGGACUCCAGCACCUGGUGUCUAGCGAUGAAGACCAAAACGGGGGAGCAGUGCCUUCUGGUCUGGAGGAGAACCUGUGUAAAAUUUGCAUGGACUCACCCAUUGACUGUGUUCUGCUGGAGUGUGGCCACAUGGUAACCUGUACCAAGUGUGGCAAACGAAUGAAUGAAUGUCCUAUCUGCCGGCAGUAUGUCAUCCGAGCAGUGCACGUCUUCCGGUCCUGAGGGCUAGCAUUGGCUUCUUCAGUGCCUUACAGGACAUAGCUCAAAGUGUCUGGGCUCAGGGUUGGUCUGAUGCACAAAGGUUGAGAGAAACUGGCAGUGUUCUCAAGACUAGGACAAGCAGAGGUGCUUGGCAUACCUGUCUUGCCAUGGUGUAUACCUUAGGUGGCAGAACCCAAAGCCAGUGGGAACUGAUUCAGAUCACAUGGGUGAGUGCCUGCUUCUCAGAUCAUGGGGUGGUGAUGGUAAUCAAUGAAGAGGACUUUCUGGAACUUGGACCAUGUCUUCUUCCUUUCCUGAAAACCUAAGACACAUUUCACACAUACCAUAUACCUAUUCCUCCUGUUUCAUCAAUCAAAAGUCCUGCUGGAAAUGGUUCCUGUCCCCCUAGCAGUUGGAUUUAAAACACACAGAAACCAGAAAUUUAAGUCUGCUACAUUGCCUAAAAUCCAUUUGUUUCGAUAUAUAUAUAUAUAUAUAUAUAUAUAUAUAUAUAUAUAUAAUUUAUUUAUUCUGACCUAGUAUUCCCUAGGUCAGAAUUUGGAUCAGUAGACUGGUCUCUGGUGAGAAAUUAAGUCUAAAUGCUGUAGAAGAAUUUCUAAGUUGAGUCACUUCUGUUAGUGUUGGGGUUGGAAAUGAUCAGUGCUGAUCUUACCCCCUAACUGCUGGGGAGUCCCUAAGAGAUGGUGCAUGGGUCAUCUCUGCUGCUUUUCUUUGGGUUUGACUGCACCAUCCUUAACUUGGGAUUAUGAGGAAAGAGAAAUGAAGGCAAUGGCUUUCUGUUGAUCGCUGGCUUUUGAUCCUUAAUUUCAGUAGGCUAAAGUUUUUUUCAGAAAAACACUUUAAUAGUUUCUCUUCUUUGGAAUUUAAAUUUGCUUACCGAAGGCAUAGGAACUUCAGCAAAGAGCUCUGCUCUUGUUUAGCUUGGCUGCUCAUGGAGAUCCCAGAGAGCAGACAUAUAGGACAGUGUAUGAGGUAUUGGAAGGUGCUGAGAAUGGACUAUGCCCAUGGCUGUUUCUCAGCCUUUUGGGCAGGUCAGAAUGAAGCAUUCUCUAAAUCAUGAUUCCAGCCUCAUGGGGUCUUCACACCACUGACACAGCUGAAGGGUUUGAGUGGUGUUUGCUGGAACAGCUCAACAAAGAACAAAGGAGCUGUGUGCUCCUCUGUAGGGUGCACCCUCAGCACUACAGCACCUGGAUAAAACUGCUACCCUCUGCCAUGCAGCUGAGACUGGAAGAACCAGUCAUGAUCCCGGAAAGCAGAGGGACACCUCUAAGGGGCUACUAGAAAGAAAUACUUAGGCUUUUUUCCCAUCAUUAACCACUAAAUUCCUUCAAGGAAUCCAGUAGUUGUCAGAGGCACCCAGGCCACUUUACCUAUGCAUUCUAGGUCCACAUGACCAGGUUGUGGGUCAAAGCCUUUGUAGGUAUCAAGACUCAAGAGACCCCUCUAUAAAGACUACCUUCCCUCCCUCUCUGGAUAGUGAGUAGUCUGGAUUGUAGUUUACAAUGUCUUCAGUUUAGCACAGCCCACCAGUUUUGCUGCUCCUGGACUCCACUGUGAAACAGGUCUGAUUAUGCAGCUCAGUUAAGACUUAAUACUUCAAAUCUGGCUCUCUCUUCUUACAACUGCUUUCUCUUCUGAGGCCUUACUUCCCUACCUCCUAAACAGGAACAGAAAUAAUAUACUGAUGGUCCGUUAGUAACCAGAGGAAAAGUCAAAGCUAAGGUUACUUACUUUGAAGAACUUUUAUCUUUUGGGAAAAAAAAACCAAAACACAUGUCCAACAACUUUUUUAUUGUUAUACCAAAUAAAAGUUGGAAUUCUAAGAUUCCAUCCCCAUUAAUAUCUAACCCAGGUAGAAAACCUGAUUUUUUUUUUUUCUUAAAUACUUGAGCCCCUUUCUGUUCUUCACGGAUCCUUGGUCUUAAUUAACAUGGAAACACCUAAUCCUUUCAACUAGUCUAUGGGUUUUGAUGUGAUUUCGCCAAGAUUUCAGUUCAUACUUAGUUUUAAAAGACAGACAGCUGACUGGUUUAUCGGUUGGAAUAGCUGGUUCUAAACUAAUAAGCUGUAAAGAAUUAAUAGUCUAUAUUGUACAAAUUUGUUAAAAUCUUUUGGAUGUGAAUGUGUUGCUCCAAGUGGCUUAUAUUAAGAUUUUUCUCACCUGGGUGUUAAAAAGCAAACCCAAAUGUGUAUUUUUUGUUACAGAGCUCUGCUUUAUAAUUUUGUAAUAAAGUUUAAAUACAGAUGCCUGUCCCAUCUGGUGUGGGGACGAUGCCAGAGGCCUCACAGUACCAGUGAGGCAAGCAUCAGGCCACAUGCACAGAGCUAUUGCUCUUCAGGGAUUACAUUCCACUCUUGGAGAUGCUUGGGCCGCCUGGUCUCAGCCAAGGCCCCCUUGCUGCAUGCUGUGACUGCCUUCAAUCACAAGUGUGUAUGGGAGAAAUUGAGGGACUGACUAGAAGUGAAGCUAGCGUAAGGACGAUUCUCAAGAGCAAAUGGGAAGCACCAUGUGAGUUAUUUACACUGUCCCACUGGAAAAGGACCUUCAAGAGCUAAGUGGAAAAGAAUCUGAGGAUACCUAGGUAGCCAGUUCUGAAAGACAGACAGUAGCUUUUGGAUGUAGUUGUGACAGACAAGAAUGGCUCAAAGGUUGACCCAGCCUAAAGAGCUAACUGCAAAAUAAGCAUAGGCCUAUACUAACCUACCUGACCAGGUGCCUGAGGGCAGGGGAGUGUGUCACCUCCUGGAGAACUGGAUGAGACAGGAUUCUACCCUGUCUCUUGGAAGAGAACAAAUCUUGCUAAUGGCUGACCUGUUCAGCAUCCAGUGAGGACCCCCCAUUGCUGGCACUAUGUAAACAAAGGCCAAAGAGAGCAGGGGAGGUUUAGGGUGAUAUUGCUUAAGGUUGUGUGGAAAGACAGGAAAAGGUACAAAGGUGUACAUACAGUCUAAAUCUCCCUGCAGAGGGAAGUAUAUCAGAAAGAAUGGAAGCAAUAUACAAACACUGGAUAGUUAAUUGGAGUGAAUACAUAGUAAGGCAUUCAAGGGACAACUUUUGAACUUUUGGCUCUGUGUGGUGGGGAAGAAUUGUCUUUGAUGUUGUUCUACCCAGCUGCUUGGUUCAAAGAAAUUGGAGAUCUAUGCAGGCAAGUACUCAAAGCAAAAAGAAGCUUUUGCUUUGAGGAUGGAUUAAAAAGUAUCUUAUUCACUC